AUGGACGGCACCGUUCCCGUCAGUCUCCAUCGGAGAUCCCUUCGCGGCACGCGGCCGGCCCGCUACCUCACCCGUGCCUGCGUCGCCGCCUCGUACCCUCUGCGAGGCAUCGGCUUCUUUCUCCGCCACCGCGAGUUCUGGCCGCUCUUCCUCGGCAGGCUUCUCCCGCUCUCCAUGAUUUCCUUCCUCGUCUACCUCGUGCUCUUCACCUUUGCCUUUCUGCCGCAGUACGCCUUUCUCGCCAUCUUUCACGGCUGGGGCGCCUGGGUCAAUGCCGUCGUCCUGACCCUCGGCGAGGGCCUCGUCAUCAUACAGGGACUCUUUGAGGGUUUCUUCGUCGACGAGACCCGCGUCGACGUCUUCGACGCCACGCUCCUCAAGCUGGGUUUCCGGGAACUCGUCGCGCCGCACCGACUCCUCUUCGACGAGGCGCCCGACACCGUCAAGAUGCUGGGCAAGCCGACCAGCCCUGCCGUCUACCAGCCUUGGAGCAUCGUUCAGAUCAUCGAGCUCAUCGUGUUCCUACCCCUCAACCUCGUGCCCUUUGUCGGCACGCCCGCCUUCAUCGUCAUCACCGGCACGCGCCUCGGCAAGCUCUCGCACCACCGAUGGUUCCAGCUGCGCGGCCUGUCCAAGCAGGAGCGGAAGCGCGAGACCGCCUCGCUCACCUGGGACUGCGUCUGGUUCGGAAGCGUCGCCAUGGUCUUGGAGCUGAUCCCCAUCUUCUCCUUCUUCUUCCUCCUCACAACCUCGACCGGCUCGGCCAUGUGGACGGCGCGAAUGGAGGACGAGAAGCGGCGCGCCCGCUCCAUUGUGGACCCCCAGAAUGACGGCCGCGAACACGAACAGCCGUCGCUGCCACCGGCGUUGUACUCGGACAACCCCGUCUGA